ACAACGGCAGAGAUCAGAGUCAGUUACGACGGCGCUGACCAAAGAAAAAACGCGUCUCUGGAGAAAAUUCGUCCCAGAGAAGAAGAAAAAGCCGAGAGAGGAGGUGAGAAGAAAUCAGAAUUGAGAAGCAACAAACAAUGGCUUUAACGAUCUACACUUGCAAAGAAUGCGGAUCAGAUCUGAAUCUAAACCCUAACGAUUUAUUUCCUCCCGAUUUCUACUUCGAAGCCGGUAACAAAGGAACGCUCUCAUUCGCCGCCGUCGACGCCGAGAAAUUCCGAUUUGAAAAAGAAGACAAGAUCAUGCCUUUCUUCGAAACCCUAAAUUACUGGGGAAUCCAACGGAAACGAACCAAGAUCAAGUGUAAUAGUUGCAACCACCUCAUCGGCUACAUCUACGACGAUGGUCCUCCGCUCACUGGUGGUAUUGGUCAAUACGGAUUCGGUCCGAGUCAAGUCAUUCCUCGUGCUCCUCGAUAUCGAUUCAAAACCAAGGCGGUUCAAGUCUCGUCCCAGACUUAGCUGAAGCAAAAGGGUUGUUUAAGGCUUUACAUAGAUAUGUAUAAACUUGUCAAAAGGGUUAAUAGGAUUGUAGAUGUUUGUUGCUUAAAAAUCAGGUCAUAAAGGCAGUUAGACCUUUGUGUUGCCAUCGUUCUUGGCGCUCGCUUCACCAAAAGCGCCAAGACCGAUGGCAACAAGGAGGUUUAACCGCCUUCUGAGCUGAUUUUUGUUACUUGCUUUUGAAGAAACAUCUACUAUCCUAUUCUCUGUUUUAUCUCUUGUCUAUUGUAGAAUCCGGUAUAGUGAAUCGGAUCGAGUAGCUAGUUUAGUUAAGAUGUGUGGUUGGCUUGGAUUUUGAUCAUAUAUGUAAUGUUUGUGUUUGUUGUGAAUUUGAAUCACAUGGUUUGGGGAUGAUUGUUCGUCGUUCGAUGAUUUGGUGAUGCAUCUUUUCGUAUUUUGUUCAAUAAGCAUCGGUUUGUUUUA